AUGAACGAGAAGCGUGAAUUCCCCAUCGAGCCCAAAGUCGCCGCGUUUGUGCUGGGGACCUUCAUCCCCUCACAGCUCUUCGCUCAUCCUCGCUGUCCGGACCCUUCGAAGGGCGAGGCCGCCAAGGAGGACAUCAUCCAAAGCGUCAAGGGUCGCCGCGACGGCGCGACCGCCAUCGAGGUAUGGACCCUGGACGUCAGCAAUUCGCAGUCGACGCUCGACUUCGCGACGCGCGUCACGAACGAGCUACCCCGCGUUGAUGUGCUCCUCGGGAACGCCGGAGUCAACCUCCACGGAGAGUGCCAGGUCGCCGAGGGCAUUGAGAUGACCAUGCAGAUCAACGUCCUCAACACAUUCCUGCUCGCCCUGGUCCUGCUUCCCAAGCUGCGAGAGACCAAAGCCAAGUUCCCGGCCUCGGUGCCGCAUCUGGUCAUUGUAAGCUCCGACACCCACCGCCUGACCAAGUUCAACGAGAUCAACGCGCCUAAUCUGUACGAGGCAUUCGCCGACAAGAGUACAUACACCGGCCAGGCGAGAUAUCAAGACAGCAAGCUGAUACAGGUGCUCCUCAUGCGGGAGAUCGUCGCUCGCCUCAAGGCCAGCGACCCGUCUGGCUCGCCAUCCCCAAUAGUCUUCAACCUCGUGACCCCCGGCCUCGUGAUCUCCAACCUCGAGCGCAACCUGGGCAAACCGCGCCUCGCCACCCGCAUCGCGCAUAAGGUAUUCUACCGCACGACCGAGGUCGGCGCGCGGACACUGGUGCAUGCGGCGUCCGCCGGGCCGGACACGCACGGCGGCUACCUCCUCGACUACAAGAAUGUGCCGGUCGAGUCGUGGAUAGACACCGAUAUGGGCAAGAAGGCGCAGCUGAAAACCUACGAGCAGACGAUGAAGAUUCUGGACGGUAGAAGGCAGGGCAUUGCUGCCCACGCUGGCUUGUAA